UCCUCGUCUUGCCGCUGUCCAAUUAAGCCUCACGGGAACCCGCGAGAGAACCUCGCCUUUGCGUCUCGACCAUCGAGGAUGGCUGCCACUUGACACUGCGGACUCGCGUUGUUAUACCCUGCUUCUAUAAGACCUGCACAUAGUGUCUGCUCAAUCGCCGCUGCUUUUGCCCGCUGCACACGAGAGUCUGCACGAUGGCCCCCUUCAAGUUUCUCAAGUUCCUCGACAGCGGUGAAUUCGCCGACGUCGAGUUCCUGGUGUUUCCUGAGCAGUUUCCUGUGACGCGCACAUUUAAGGCGCACAAGCAGUUCCUGGCCAUGAUGAACGAGGUCUUCGGCACGAUGUUCUUCGGAAGUCUUCCCGAGAAGGAUCAGGUGAUCAUCACCGACAUCCAUCCGGACGGAUUCGCCUGCAUGCUCAGGUACUUCUACGGAGGCAAGCCGCGGUUCAGGGGCAUCGAGGACGCCAUGUACACGCGAACGGCGGCCGUGAAGUACAUGGCGACCGACUUGCAGAGAAUCUGCUCCGAGUACAUCGUGUCGCACAUCAGCGCUCGCAACGUGUGCCGCCUCAUCGACUACGCAUUGCUGAGCGACGGCGGCUGCAUCGACGACGCGGUCCUGUCCGUGCUGCGACACGACGGAGUCGGCGUCGUCUGCUCCGACAACUUCAUCGACGCCCUGGACGGCACGGUCGAGUACGUGCUCAGCAACGUGCGCAACGUUCCCGAGACCUGCGUCGUGCACAGGCUGCACGAGUGGGCCCGGGCCAAGGUCCUCAGGAGCCUGACGGUCGAGGGCAAAGACGAGGACAUAAUCCCGCCGUUGGACGUCAAGACUAUUAUGAAGCCCUUCAUGCCCCGGCUCAGGUUCCUGGCCCUGACGCCGCAGGAGUUCAUCGUCGGCCCUUCUUCGUGGCGCAUCUUCGAUGGCCGCGAGGACUUCGCCAUUCUCUGCAAUAUCGUCUGCUAUGGCUCGGUACCGCUACCCCAGUGGACGUGUUCCAUCAGGUACCGGAGAUAGUAGCCGAGUGUGUUGUUCCUCCGCUUGCUCGGCUGUCACGCCAUUUUUGGUGUGAACGAUGUGCUCCGAUUUCAUUGCGCAUGCCCAUGUUGUUCAGAUAUCAUUUGUCGCCAACUGCGCUCGGAAUUCAUUUUAGAACCAUAUUUAUCAAGCAUUUGCAUCGCACAUUCUUUGUCACCAUCUGUCAACUUCCGGCGUGAUUCACAUUUCCAUUUCAUACGGCAAAUCCGACCUCGGAUAUUCGAGUCGUAGGCGGCUCUUCAUGAGCUGACAAAAGGCAGUUCGCGAGAGCAACAUGCGAGCACGACUUUCGUGCGCAACGCCUUCGACAGUCUCGAGCGACAUCUACUGGAGACACGCACGGGAGGCGUGCUUGCCACCUGCCGCGUGGAGACGCCAUUCUCGCUCCAUGAACCAUUGACCACGCCUUUGUACAUAGCCAUUGUCCAGUUUUUACGCGUCAUCAUGCAUGUAUAUUUUAGUGCGUCAUUGACUGGUGAAUAAACUAUUUCAUUCAUCAGUCUCUUAUUACUCUGCUUUCAUUCCAUGACCGUAGCUAUACCGCGAUCAGCAAACGCGAACUGAGAAUUCGUUACAUCCGCCUACCGAACUUCGUCGUAACCGCGUCGACGUGGUGCGCACGUGUCGCCUAUCUGCUAAACAUUACGCGCAUAUCGUAGUGUGCAGGGUGU